CCACCUGGCGCCAGGUGCCCCCCGCCAUCUUCCUGCAGCCCUCCGGCCCGGCCUCGCGGGAGCGGAGCGGAGCUGAGCUGGCCGGGUAGGACUGGCGUCUCGUCCCCGCUCCGCACAGACAGACCCCGACGUGUUGCCAUGGCUGAGGAAGCCGCCGCCGCGCGCUUCAGCGAGGAGGACUUUUACUGUCCCAUCUGCCAGGAGGUGUUCAAAACGCCCGUGAGGACUAUGAACUGCCAGCACGUAUUUUGCAGGAAGUGCUUCUUGACAGCUAUGCGGGAAAGUGGAACGCAUUGUCCUCUCUGCCGGGGGAGUGUGACUAAAAAAGAAAGAUCGUAUCCCAAAAGGGCUCUAGAUGUCGAAAACAGUAUGAAGAAAGCUUCCGGGGGCUGUAGAUGCUGUGAGAAGCAGGUUAGGUUUUCGUGGAUGAGACAGCAUUAUAAAACGUGUAAGAAGUAUCAGGAUGAAUACGGUGUUCCUUCUGUUAUUCCAAAAUUACAGAUUACCCAGGAUUCAACAGGGAACAGGUAAUCAGGGUGAUUUUUGUAUAACAAUGCAUUUCUUUCUCCUAGCAGAAAUUGUUUUAUUUGUUUGUUUUUGUUGGUGAUGGUGGUUUGUUUGUUUUUCCAGGACAUGUUUUCUUCUAUAAUAAUUAUUGUCUGUGUUCUUAGGCUUAAAAAAUGACAGUUUUUCCAGAUAUUUUUCUUUACUCAGCGUACGGAAGAAAACCUUUCUACAUGAUGGUUUGGAAUGUCUUCUAAGGGUCUCUUCUAGAAAUGGUAUAAUAUUUCCAGCUUACUUGCUUUGCUUUGACAGCACUUGAGCAGCUUGCUUUGUAGCAGAUCUCAUAAUAUCUAGCCCCAAGGAAGUUCCCUUCUUUUGUUCCUCUCUGUCCUUUCUCAGCUCUGUUUUAGUGGUUGUCCUGUUUCAAAACAUUAUUGUGUAAGCUUUUGUUUUCAGAUUGACUUUGCUUUAAGCUGAUCUUUUAUGAAAAAUAUAAGGAACCUUCAGCAUAUUACACAUCAUAAUUCAGAUACCGUUUACCAAUUUGCUUUCAGACAGUGAAGCUGAAGAACUUUCUUCCUCAUACCUUCUUAUUGAUGUGUUUUGGCUUGGGCGUGGGGUUGUUAUUUUUGUUUGUUUGCUUUUGGUUUAUUUUUCAAUACCUUUUUUAUAUACUGUUUUCAUUGACCUUUUACUAUAUAUAGAUUGUGCUUUAUGCACUGUGUUGACACUCUGUUUUUAGCAGACUGAACUUCUGUGCAGUUUUCAGCCCAUCAGUAUAUUGAAAGCAGAAGUUCAUUCAAACUGCUACCAGGACUAGUUGCAGCAGUGUUUAACUGAAACAUCUGGAUAUUGUUAUGUGAUUAAUUAGUGACUACACCAUAGCAGAAUAUUAGUCUUAUAUGUUUUGUCUUGAAAUUCAUAUUUUCUGGUAUUAAUGAAUUUUAAGAACUUUUGGUAGUGAAGUACAGUAACACCA